UUUUCUUUACCCUUGUCAGAAGGGAUUCACUGGGGUGGAGGGGACAUUUUGUCUGUGGCUUGACACAGGACGGGCGCGAAGGCAGAAAGAGCUGUGGAGCUGCGACAGGUGCAGGACUGCGCUUCGGGGCUCGUUUUGCUCUCUGCAGACCGAUGUGCGUUCCUCAAGUGGCAGGGAAGACAUCUUAGAGCAGAAGGAUUUCAGGGGAGCAGGAGUGAAAAAGGAUGUUGUCUCAAUUACAUUCUUGGAUUUGGAAGUUGCUUCGCAGGAAACUGAGGGGAGUGUAGAAGCUGGAGAACCAGCCCUUAUACCAAAAUGGAUUCUGUUGACUUUUUCGGGGACUUCUGUGGAUGUGUAUUUGUUUUUCUUGGUUGUUUUCCCUUUUUAUCAUCUUGCACAAGGUUUGGGACAAAAAAGCAGCACAGCUAAAAUGCCUGUGUUUGCUAAAUGGAAGAAUUACUGAGUUGCUCUUCCAUCACAUCACCUACAGAAGUGGAAAAACGAGAGUACAUGCAGCCCUGUAGCUUGGCCAUUGACAUUGCAUGUUGUUUGUGGUACUGCUAUGUGGAUACUUGUUAGCAAUGACUGAUGUGGAAUCUACAUAUGCAGACUUUAUUGCUUCAGGAAGAACAGGUAGAAGAAAUGCGUUACAUGACAUACUUGUAUCCUCUCCAGGUGGGAACUCUAGUGAACUAUCCUUAAAGUUAUCAGAGCUUGACAUAAACAAAUCAGAAGGAGAAGGAGAUGCACAACGAAAUCCAAGCGAGCAAACGGGAGAGGCCCAAGGGGAGGCAGCAAAGCAAGAAAGCUGACAUCCGACUUUGACCGACUGGAGCAGCUGCUGGAUGUUUUCAGGCUACAAGCGCAUGCUGGAACAAAUUUGUUUCCAUGAGCAAGCUGGUGGAAAAGAAAGUGCAUGUGUCUUCACUGCUGGAACCCGCUCAACACAAUGCUAAAAAUGGGGGUACAAGCUGUGGCAGAAGACAGAUUUCUCUCUACCUCUGUCAUUAGCAAUGGUUGAACAUGUAUUGAUUUUUUGGGAUAGUGUCAUCAGAUGGAUCCCUUCAUAAUGACUCCUUGAUGGGAACACUUCUAGAAGGUAGAACAGGUAAAUCUUGUAGCAAAUGGCCUUUGAAAUGUUAGAGGAUCUAAUUGUGUAUCUUAGGCAAAGGCUUGUGUGAUCCUCAGAGUUUAAAAUUCUCUGGCCAAAGUGUUCACCCAUUAAAAGAACUGUAAAGAAAGCACUGUUUUUAGAACUUUGAGUCUGUUUUACAGCUGUUAUUUACAAUGUUUUUUGUAUCGUACAACUUAAAUGCUCCACACUGCCCCUUCUCAACUGCUUAUGAAGAAUAUUUCUGUUACUGUGAAUUUUUCUACCACGCGUUUUGAAAGGGCUGUUUUUUUGCAUAAUGUGGUGAUGUGCACAUGAUAGAUUUAAAAAGUCAACUGCUAAAUUGAUCAUGCCUAAACCUAAAUUACUCAGCAACACUCUAAUUUGUUACUAGAUGAGCCUUCAAAAUGAUUUGUUAAUGUGAAUAGUUCAGUGUUUUUUGUGUCCUUGGUACAGUUUUGCCACUUGCCUGUAGUUAGUUGCAUAUCAGAGACGCAAAUUUAAUCUUCUAUGUUCUUCUUCCCCAUUUUUCUAAUUUUACUCCCAAUUUCUUAACCUUUCUCUGACAUAUUUUGUUUUAAAUGUUAGUCCAAGUAUUUUAUUAUUAUGGUAGUUUUAAGAAUACAUUUAUAACCUUAUAUAGGUUAAAAUUUAAAAAAAUUCCGUGGUGCUAGAGAUUUUCCUGGUUCACAUUGUUAAAGAUGGGCCCUGUUUACACAGGAUAAUAACUGGCAUAGGUUAUUGCCAAUUAUGUAUUCUGAAAUGAGUUUUAGAUUGCGGGAUAGACCAACUACUGGAUCUUGGGCUGGAUCCAGUCAGGGAGACUAUUUUAUUCUAUUCCUUGCCUUUGCCUCAGUUGAUCAGUCUGUUGGGUUUGCACACUCAGUACUCUGUUACACCAGGUACAGCGAAGUGCUAGAAGCUGGUAUAGCAGCCUUUUGGCUAGGAUAUGGAGAGGGAAGUGAGACACUUGGCAUCUAGCACCCAAAAGACUGGAUUUUUCUCAUUUCAUCUGUUUCAAAACAACAGUCCAAACUGGACAUUCACUGAAAUACCAGGAUAGGUUGUCCAUCCUGUGGAUCACUUAAAAUGUUACUUAAAAUAUCCUCAAAUUAAUUACCUGUUCUGCAGUAGCUAUGCUGACUGAUUUCCUUCCCCCAUCCCACCCUAAUAGACAAGGCCAUACAUGAAGCUCAAUACUGCAAAAUGGAGCAUCCUCUGUAUGAGUAAGGUGAGUAGUAACUGAGUAGUAAACCAUGGCAAUCACGUAAGCAUCAAUCACAAAGUCAGAUUUGUUUUCUUUUAUUAACUGGAGGUGAUGUCACUUUCUUUAUAUAUAGUAUAUAUAUAUAAUAUAUAUUUUUGUGUUGUUGUUGGUUUCAAAUGUUAUGCACUUUUUAAUGUUUGUAAACUUUUACUAAUAAAUAGUGUGAUUGCUUCCUGAAUAUAUUAAUCAUCAGUUAAGAAAACAUCUCUGUGGCCAGAGUUGGGUGUUUCUACCAUAUGUAUCAUAGUACUUGUCACCAGAAGUUCUUUUGUGAGAUAUGGGGAGAAAAAAACCCCACUUCUGAUCAGUAUUAUGAGCUCAUUUAUUAGUGUUAAUAAAAAAAAAAAAAAAAAAAAGCCAGCAGUAUGCCUGUGGCUAAUUAGUGUGAUAUUAACUGUCACCUUUUAUUGUUUGGAAGCUGAAUGCCUCGCUGUCUUAUUUGCUGUCAAAUGCCCAAUCUUCUUGGUAACAGAAGUAGUCCAUUUGCUUUUAAAUACUAUUUGAAAACACUAUUAUCCUUAAACUAAUUAUUUAUUUGUUUGUUUCACUUGGUGUUCCUUUCAAAGUUAACACAUUAUUAUUUAUCUUCUUUUAAUUGUUUUCCCCCCUUGCUCUUGCAUCAAGUCUUCAAACUGAACUGUUUCCCCUUUAACAUGGUCUAGUUACUGUCAAUCUAGCACAAACACCAGAAGGAAAUAAAAAUCUAGGGCUUUUUAUAAUGUUACUUUAUUGAUGAUCCGUGAAACAUCAUCAAUAAAAUGUCAUGGAAAAAGGCAACAGUGGAAUAAGUAAUUACAGUACACUGAAGAGUUGGAUUUCCUUAUUUUCCUUCAAUGCUUUCCUUUAUUUCAAUACACUUUCCUUUUUAAUUCUUCUGUGUUGUGAAAUAAAAUUAAUUUUGGCCUUUCUUCUCUA